AUGCAAUGGAUAUGGUUGAAGAUAGAUAGUUGGAGGGGGCGGUCUGGAGAAUUGGCAAGCAAGUUGAGCAUGGGUAGGAGGAAGGUCUGGAAAUACGAUAAUGAGGAGACAACACAAAGCGCGGUUGCGUGCCCUGUUACACUGGCAUUUGCGCUUGUGAACGUGAAGAGGUGGCCAAUCGGCGAGCUCUUCUGGCAUACGCAUGCGAAAGUAGAAACACGACUCAGUGGACGCUCGAAUGGCGCUCGACUACGUACUUCACGUUCCAAGUGCAUCGACUGGGAUGAGCUGCCCAUCCAUCUGAACCAGUCGAUGGACUUGGGCAAAUAUACUUUCUAG